GUCCUCUGCUUCAGUAGCCACUCUGUUACAUCAGUGGUCUACCCUCUUCCCUCCGGUCGAGGAUAAAGGAAUGUUUUACAGAGGAAAAGCGAACAUGUUGAUGAAACCAAACCACGAUCCAAUUUACGGCCGACAUGCGAGUCGCGUGCCAAUGACGUCAGAGCGUCUGCUUUAUCCGCUCCCCCGAUAUAUAUAAAAAUUAAUGAGUCGAUUAAUGGAAGAGCGAUACCGAUAAAUUGGAAAGGCCGGUAGGAGAACAAUGAAUUUCAAACGGUUUCGGGGAGUCAGGUCUGGGAAAUAGUUCAAGGGGGGCUAUGGAAUAUAGAAUUUGUACAAUUUCUCAUGAAGAAUCUAACAAGUCGAUGUGGAUGUUACUAGUCAGGCCAGCAUUUAUUGUCCAUCCCUGAUUAUCAAUGAAGUAGUACUGGUUAACCACACUCUUGACAACUGAGUGAAUUCCUCAGCUGUUCCAGAGAAUAGUUCAAAGUUGACCACAUCGCUGUGGAUCUGGAGUCACAUGUCGAGCAGCAAAGAUAACGAUGGCACACCUCCUUCUGUGCAGGAUAUUGGUGAACCAGGUGAAUACCAUGUGAUAGAGCUACUGCCUGUGGAAAGGUGCAUCAGCACAAUAUCAGUGAAAAUAGAUCAAUUUCCAGUGGUGCUGUAGUUGUUGAAAAAACAUUCAUUAUUUUUUACCACUGAGCAUGGCCAGUAAAAGGAAAUCUAAAAUUCCUUGCAUGGUUCCUGCCAGUGAGAUCCUGGACCAAGACCCAGAAUUGGACAUGAUUACAGUUGAUCUGCCUCCAGAUAUUUCUGAUGAGAGCUUGACAGCAGAUGGUGCAGUAAUCGAUGAUGAGAAUCUUCCAGAAAAAGAAGUGCAAGAUAUCCAAAUUAAGAGACUUGAAGGAGGCUAUGAAUGUAAAUAUUGCACUUUUGAAACACAGGACUUGAAUGAAUUUACUUUGCAUGUUGACUCAAAGCACCCAAAUGUCAUUCUUAAUCCAUCCUACUUCUGUGUGGAAUGUAAUUUUACAACCAAAAGAUAUGAUACUCUAAAUGAUCACAAUGCCAGAUACCAUUCAGGUGAAAUUAACUUUAAGCUUAAAAUGGUAAAACACAAUAAUCAAACUGUCUUUGAACAGACUGUUGAAGAAUCAAGUAGCAGUAGUGGUUCUGCAAAUGAAGACCAGGCAGAAAGCACUGAAAGUACCCCAAAAGGAAUUUCAAUAAGUAAAACUCCAAUUAUGAAAAUGAUUAAAAAUAAAACUGAGACCAAAAGAAUUUCUCUGUCUUCUAGUUUAGUAGAUGAAUUUACUGCUGAUCAAGAAAACAAUGAGACACUGGGGACCAACUCAGUCUCCGGAUCAACCAAUACCAGUAAAAGUUGUAUUAGCCAGGAAACAAAUGGAGUAAUACUUGAUUCAGUAGGUGUAAGUCAAAUGUUAUCAUCUCCAGCAACUAAUUUUGUUCCAAAAGUUAUGAUACCUGUAAAUAGCAUUCCAACUUAUAACACUAAUAUGGAUGUAAAUACUCACCUUGUGAACUCCUUCAACAAAUUUCCUUAUCCCACACCCUCAGAAGUUGCAACACUAAAGACUCAGACAAAAUAUGCAGAGGAACAGAUUAAAAUCUGGUUCACGGCUCAGCGUCUCAAGCAUGGCAUCAGUUGGACCCCAGAGGAGGUGGAUGAUGCCAAGAAGAAACUUUUCAAUGGACGUGUGCACACUAUACCACAAACAAUUACUGUCAUACCAGCACAGAUUUCAACAUCUGCUAAUGGAUUGCAACACAUUCUUCAGCCUUGUCAGAUAGUUGGCCAGCCGGGCAUUGUCUUAGCACAGGUUGCUAAUACAAAUGCAAUUGCUGGAAAUUCUCCACUUACAGUCAGUGUUGCAGGAGUUGCAAAUCAAAUGCCUCAGUGGCAAAAACGCAGAGCACAGGAAGGAGACACAGGUCCAGAAGCAAAACGGGCAAACAAUGCACAGUUUCCUCAGAUUGCUACACAAGGAGGUUCUCUUGUUUCUGCCCCAGUCACGGAUCCAUAUGGUGUUCGCCUCAAGAAGACAAAAGAGCAACUGACAGAACUAAAAGCCAGUUUCAAUAGAAAUGCAUUUCCCAGUGAUGCAGAGAUUGCUCGAAUUAUACAAGUAACCGGCCUCUCAAGGGGUGAUAUAAAGAAGUGGUUCAGUGACACGAGAUAUAAUCACAGGAACUCGAGAUGUAAUCAAAAUGUCAAUGUUCCUGAGGUCAGUAGUACUAUUGUUUUAGAUUCUGGUGAUGAAACAACACCAGAAUCCCUUGUAAUAAAUCAACAGCGCAAACAUGGACGGAAUGCUUUCCCUGAUUUUACUCCACAGAAGUUCAAAGAGAAAACGGUAGAGCAGCUUCAUCUCCUCGAAGAAAGUUUCCUUUUAAAUCCGUUUCCUACUGACGAUGAGGUUAACAAGCUAAGGACUGAUACAAAACUCACAAGGAGGGAGAUUGAUGUCUGGUUCUGUGAACGAAGGAAGGCUAAAAGUUCAGAAGACAAAAACGAGGAGAAUGGAAAAGCAGUUGGAAGUGUGGUUGACAUUAAAGGCAAAGAGUCUGAGGGGGUAUCUGCCAAAUCCAGUUAUGGACAAAUUCAUACUACGUCUUUGGCAAGUGGACUAGCAAUACCAAGGGUAAUGGCUGCUGCAGCUAGUAGGUUAUAUAAGAAAACUCCAGGGCAACUACAUCUCCUUAAAAGUGCAUUUGUUCGCACACAGUGGCCAUCCCCAGAGGAAUAUGACCGAUUAGCAGCAGAAACUGGACUGGCCAGAACCGACAUAGUAAGUUGGUUUGGAGAUACAAGAUAUGCUUGGAAAAAUGGAAACCUGAAGUGGUACUACUACUAUCAAACUGGAAAUGUGGACAGCCAAAAUGGUCAAACCCAAAUGUACUACAAAAAGUAUAAAGGCAGAGGUCGAUCAAGAGGUAGAUCACGAGGAAGAGGAAGGCUCAGAGGUACUGGAAGGGCAAACAGCUGGAGUGGAAUAUCAACCGGCAAAGUAUCUUCAAGCCAUGCUUCUUCAGGAAAAAAUGUUCUUGAACAGUACUAUUUGAAACACAAAUAUUUAAAUGAAGAGGACCUUGACGAUCUUGUUGCAAGAUCAUCAAUGAGUUAUGAGAACAUUAGGGAAUGGUUUGUACAAAGGCAAACAGAAAGUGGAGCUUCUGAGAGCAAUAAUUCAGAUGGACAGUACCCUGGUGAUGAUGAGAAAAAUGAAGCACUUGAAGAGGAAGAAGAUUGGCCUGUGGAAGAGAAUGCUAGCCAGGAAGAUGAGGAUGAUGCCUCUGAUGUAAGUGGUAGCAGUGACGUAUGGAAGCCUCCUUCACAAAAACACAACCAAGUAAUGGAAGCAGAUGAUCAAUUCUCUAUAGAGAAUUCAAAAAUAUGAAUGAACCACAGACGUGGGAAAGACACCAUUGGUUGCUUGAGUCAAAGAAUUAAAGCAGAGAAUCCUCAGCUGUAGUUAUCUUUUCUGAGUUGCAAAAUUAGUUCCAUAAAGAAGUAUCCACGCACCGCAUAUUUUAUUUCUUAGUAUAAUAAAGAUUUCUAAAGUUCCAUAGUGCCAAAGUUUUAAUAAAGAAGCAGAAAUGUUUUUUGUACAUUGUUUUGAAACAAAUUUGUACAGUUGGGAUUUUACUACAUUUUUAGUGAGAUGUGCCUGAUCACAUUUGCACAUUUUUUGUGCGAGCUUUUGCAUUUCCCAACAUUUGGCUCAAGUGUCAUAUAGUAUCUGCCUUCCUUGGAUACUAGGCAGUUUCAGUAAGCUUUGAGCAACCAAAUGACAUUUCAGAAUUAAUUUAAAACAACCAUUAAUCAGUUUUUAAAAAAUGCAAACUGAUUUAUUUGACUUAAUUAUGCAUGGUACUUUUUGUAUAUGCUUUGGAAAACAUAUUUCCAAUUUCAUGUUUUGAGCUUUAGGAGAUACUGACAUUUACACAGACAUUGUAGAUAUAGAUAAAGUGAACGAUAUGUUUCUCCCCAAAUAUUUUCAGAAGCCAUAUGCACAGUCGCUAGCAUUUUUCAGUAUCUUCUGCAAAAUUG